CAGGAGACGGACUCGUUCGAACGGAAAACGAUGAUCCGAGCGUAAACGAUCUUUGUAUCAAUCGACAGGAAACUUAUCGACGGAUAUGAUUGUGCGCACGUAGCAAAGAAAACAAGAAAAUGAGACUGUCAUUAGUGAUUCUUGGGGUUUUUUCCUUUCUCGAUUUAUACAAAUUCACGAACGCCUGGGACAAUGACGAAUUGGAAGUGUUCGACGUCGUCGAGGAGGUCAAUCAAAAUUUCUACGAAGUCCUUGGUGUUCCACAGGUUGCGAAUGCCUCUGAGAUUAAAAAGGCAUUUAGGAGGUUGUCCCUUCAGUUACAUCCGGAUAAGAAUCCUGCAGAGGAUGCAGAACAGCAGUUUAGAAAGCUAGUCGCUGUGUACGAUGUACUGAAAGAUCCUGGGAGGCGGCAACGGUACGAUAAUGUGCUGGUCAAUGGACUGCCGAAUUGGCGGUCGGCUGUGUAUUAUUACCGCCAUGUGCGGAAAAUGGGUCUUGUAGAAUUAAGCAUAAUUUUAUUCUUAGUCUUUACGGUCGGACAAUAUUUGGUGGCGUGGGGUGCAUAUUUCGAGAAACGGUAUACAUAUGAGCAAGUAUUAGGGAGUAAGCUUCAGAAGAUGCAGAAGAAGAAUAAAAAAGGGAAGAUGGAUGUGCCGGAUUUAGCAGACAUCUUGGAGAAGAUUCCUACUCCGAGCAUUUGGAAUACUCUUCCAUUCCAGUUUCCACGAUGGAUAAUAUCGUUUACGUUAUCCAUACCCAGUCUCAUUCGCGCGAUGCGCGACGCCGUGGAAGAAAGAAAACGUAGGAAAAAAGAAGAGGAGGAGGCAUCAGCACAGGAGAUUGAACCGCUGGAACCACCGGAACCUGUAUCUCGGACUAGAAGACGUAGACCUGCUUUCACGCCGCAAGAAAGAAGCAGUAACAAUUACAAGGAAGUUACACGAAAGGACUGUGAUCAGACUAAUCAUGUCUAUCAGAAGCCUGCUCCGACUGGUGGGGGAUUGUGGACCGAUGAUGAUAUAUUGGAACUGAUCAAGCUUGUGAAAAAAUAUCCCACUGGCACAUCGGAGCGAUGGGACAAGAUUGCGGAUGCAAUGAAUCGUACCAUUGCGGAUGUAACAUAUAUGGCGAAGAAGGUGAAAGAUGAAGGCUUGAAGCCUGGCUCUACCACCGAGGAGACUCUGACGGAUGAACGUUCGAAGAAAACGAAGACACGCAUCAAGAAUAAUGAUAACGUGGAUAAUGGCACCGAGUGGAGUCAAGAGCAACAGAAAGCGUUGGAAGCAGCGCUUGGAAAGUAUUUUAAGGGCACGUCUGUAGAUAAGUGGGAGAAAAUAGCGAGUUGCGUUGAAGGGAAAACAAAGGACGAGUGCCAAGCGAGGUUUAGGCAAUUGGUGGAUUUAGUGAAGAAGAAGCAACAGACUUAAUAGCCUGCCAUGUGUACAAGAUGUUCCUUCGACGAAACGUAUAGUCCAUACAAUCAAGUUCGGAAAUAGUAUUCAAUUUAUAUCUCAUGAAAAUGAAUGUUUCAUGGCUGUUCUACAACAUUUCAUAUUGAAUCAGUUGCAGAUUUCUUAAAGGAUUCUCUUAUACAGAAAUGAUAUUCGAAAUAUAAUUGCAUUAAAAGCGAUGAAACUUUAUACUCGAAGGGGGAUACUAAACAUAAUUUCAUUAUUAAAUGUUUCCGGAGAAUGUAUUUAUUUAAUAAAUUUAAUAAUUAAUUAAGAGGAGAAGACUGACAGAUUAUCAUGAUUGAACAUUUUCCUGUUCUUUCAGAUUAACGUUCCACUUGUGUACCAGUGUCGUCUGUCGAAUCGAGUAUAUAUUUCACUUUUCGAACUCGUGGAGAACAGUAUAUAACAUAAUGCCAAAGGACAUAAUAACUUUUCUAUUCUUUUAGCAUAUAUCGAUAUCCGUAUUCGUUAAAAUGAGAAUGUCGUCCGUCUCACAUAUUUUUCGAAGUUUUAUCAAUUCUCCAAUUUAAAAUCAUAUAUUUAUA